UCAAUCAUCCUCGACCACCUCCAAGACCGCCUCUCUCGCAAAUUUUGAGUUCUGCCCGUGAUCCAACCCUUCAUACGCUGAAUCUCCUUCUCCAUCGAGACCUUCAGUCAACAACAUGAGAGAAGUCAUUAGCAUCAACGUCGGCCAGGCCGGUUGCCAGAUCGCCAACUCCUGCUGGGAGCUCUACUGCCUUGAGCACGGUAUCCAGCCCGAUGGAUACUUGACGGAGGAGCGCAAGGCCGCCGAGCCUGAUCAGGGUUUCAGCACCUUCUUCUCGGAGACUGGCCAGGGAAAGUAUGUUCCCCGUACCAUCUACUGCGAUCUCGAGCCCAACGUCGUCGAUGAAGUCCGCACCGGUACCUACCGCUCCUUGUUCCACCCCGAGCAGAUGAUUACUGGCAAGGAGGAUGCCUCAAACAACUAUGCCCGUGGCCACUACACUGUUGGCAAGGAAUUGAUCGACCAGGUCUUGGACAAGGUUCGCCGUGUUGCCGAUAACUGCUCCGGUCUCCAGGGUUUCCUCGUCUUCCACUCCUUCGGUGGUGGAACUGGAUCUGGUUUCGGUGCCCUUCUCAUGGAGCGUCUGUCCGUCGACUUCGGCAAGAAGGUCAAGUUGGAGUUCUGUGUUUACCCCGCACCUCAAACUGCUACCUCCGUUGUUGAGCCAUACAACUCCAUCCUUACCACCCACACCACCCUUGAGCACUCUGACUGUUCGUUCAUGGUCGACAACGAGGCUAUCUAUGACAUCUGCCGAAGAAACCUCGGUCUUGAGCGCCCCAACUACGAGAACUUGAACCGCAUUAUUGCUCAAGUUGUCUCUUCCAUCACUGCCUCCCUCCGUUUCGAUGGUUCCCUCAACGUUGAUCUGAACGAAUUCCAGACCAACUUGGUCCCAUACCCCCGUAUCCAUUUCCCUCUCGUUGCUUAUGCCCCAGUUGUCUCUGCUGCCAAGGCAUCCCACGAGGCCAACUCUGUGCAGGAGAUCUCCAUGUCUUGCUUCGAGCCAAACAACCAGAUGGUGAAGUGUGACCCGCGCAACGGAAAGUACAUGGCUACUUGCUUGUUGUACCGUGGUGAUGUUGUUCCAAACGACGUCCAUGCGGCUGUUGCUACUCUCAAGACCAAGCGUACCAUCCAAUUCGUCGACUGGUGCCCAACUGGUUUCAAGAUUGGUAUUUGCUACCAGCCACCACAAAUGGUUCCUAACGGCGAUCUGGCUAAGGUCAACCGUGCUGUCUGCAUGCUUUCCAACACAACUGCCAUUUCUGAGGCCUGGUCCGCUCUCUCGCACAAGUUCGAUCUUAUGUACUCCAAGCGUGCUUUCGUUCACUGGUACGUUGGUGAGGGUAUGGAGGAAGGUGAAUUCUCUGAGGCACGUGAAGAUCUCGCUGCUUUGGAGCGUGACUACGAGGAGGUUGCGACCGACUCUCUCGAGGGUGAUGAGAGCAUUGAGGCCGAAUACUAG